AUGUCUGGCCGAAAGAUAUUCGAGCUGAUAGCCUCUGCCGCCGCCGAUGGGUCUGCAGCACGGCUUGGCAAGUUGUCUCUUCCUGGCAGAAAAGCCAUCGAGACGCCGAAUUUCAUCGCGGCCACCUCUCGUGGAUCUGUGCCUCAUCUAACUCCUGAUAAUUUCAAAAGACACACCACUGUGAGCGGAGUUUACAUGGCACUUGAAGAAUUCAUCGAGAAAAAGGAACCUCCUAUUCAGCACACCCCUGUUGGGGAGACUUCACGUCGUCUGCAUAGCUUUACGGCUCUGCCUUCAAGUACAGUCUCAAUAUUGGGCCCUCGGAGAUGCGCGGCAGUUGCAACUCCUUUUGGAAACACACCAAAGACAAUCACCGUCUUCACAUCCACUGGAUUCCGCAACGUAACGAUACCGGAGUUUACGUCCUACAUUCAGUCGCUGCAGCCUGAUAUUGUACUCCCGCUGGCCGACUUGCCGAAUCCUGGUGCAACGCCUUCGUCCAAAAAGCUUGCCCGAAUGGUGGAUAGGACAGAAAUGUGGUUGGGCGAGUUCUUCGACCGCAUGGCGUUGUCCAAGUCUUCAGAUACUUUGGGCAGCUCGGUGUUUGCACCAGUGCUUCCAGUGGGCCACCCUAUUCAGUGGGACUAUAUCAGGCAUCUGUCUGAAGAUGUGAUUGAAAAGCUGUCUGGUCUGGCAGUCUAUGAUACAAACAUCCUUCCGGACCUUGUCAGCUAUCCUUCAUUAGCACCUCUUCCCAAGCUGUCCAUGGAUACCCCAAGGACCCCACAUGAGGUCCUGCGUCAGAUUUCUCUCGGCAUCGAUAUUUGCACAUUAAUGUUUGUGAACAGCACCUCUGAUGCCGGUGUGGGCAUGACAUUCUCUUUCCCGCCUCCCAGCUCUGACAAAGUCCAGCCGCUCGGAAUCAACAUGUGGUCCCCCGAGCAUGACACGGCCGUUGCACCCCUGGUAGAAGGUUGCCAGUGCUAUACCUGCACAAAGCAUCACAGAGCCUAUCUCCGCCAUCUUCUGAAUGCAAAAGAAAUGCUGGGCUGGAAUCUCUUGCAAAUACACAAUCAUCACGUCGUCAAUGAAUUCUUCGCUGGCAUUCGCGAGACUCUUGGCAAAGGACAGGCUGUAUUUGAGGAUGCCGUGAAUAGAUUCGCUGCUGCGUAUGAGCCUUUAUUCCCCGAAGGCACGGGAGAACGACCUAGAGCGAGAGGAUACCAUUUCAAGAGCGAGGCUGGCUCGGAGAAGAUUAACAAGCCGGCCUGGACAGAUUUGGAAAAGGGGGCAGAAGUUACCGAGAUUACGAGUCUUGUGGAGGAUGACACGCCUAGUAGUGAGGAUCAGGAUGUGACGCCGGCGGCUAGGGUUACUAUAAAGGCUACUGCGGUUCCGUUUGGCUUCGAAUAG